AACUAGUCCAAAAGUUAUUUUUCAGUUGAGCAAAAAGAGCAGAGGUAGUAGAUUUGUUAGAUUUGGUGGCUUAUUGAUGUAUUGUUGUGGAAUUUAUAUUACGGUCCUUAUUGUUAUCUGUUGUUAGCUAAUAUUUAUUAACUAACUUUUCCUCAAGAAACGCGAAAUUACCGCUUCAAUUGCGAAAAUUCAUCAGUUAAAUAUAAAGCAUAAAGCAAUAUUUUUAAGUAAUUAUAAUAAUAUAUAAAAAGGUGUUUUGUUUGUUUGCAAAGUGCAGUGUGUAAAUAAUUAGAAAAAUUUACAAGUAUAUAUACAUAUACACACAAAUAUUUAACGAGCCUAACUACUUGUCGAUGAAUUGGUAUGGUAUGCGGAUUCAUUGUAAAAAGUGUCAGUGGCAGUGGCAGUUGCAUAAAUAAGUUGUUUGGUUGGUUGCGCAGAGUACGUAAAAGUGUAGUUGUGUGAUUUUGUGCUCCCAAAUAUACAUAUAUUAUGUGUUCUUAAUCAACGUGGUUUGGAGUUUAUAUUCUGGGCAAAAUAUUAUAAAAAUUAUAUGGGAAAAUCUACCGUGUGAAAUUAAUUGAUUUUCAAAAAUUUACAUAAAUUUUCAAAGAACUGUGUCGCCUUUUCCAAUACUUAAGAAAAAACAAAACAAGGCAACAAAAUUCAAUUCGUUUUUGUUUACAACUCUUCAUUACAUUCCGAAAUUACGGAUCCCCAAGGGACGUCCGUCUCUAAUCCACCAUCGGAUACAGAGCGAUUUGCGUCAUCAGACAGUGAAGCUGAAUUUGCAACAGCAACAGCAACAGCCACGGGGAUCAAAACGGCAACUGCGGAACCAUAUAUAAUACAACAAAUACGCAGGGAAAAGCAACAACAAAACAACAGCAUUCAUUCCCAAAUUAGUUCCUCUAAGCAGUUACAUUCAUUACAAAUUGCGGAUAUGGCAGCUGUGGUUCGCAAGAAACAGGAUGACAAGUAUCUGCAGGUAUUGAGAGAACUAGUGACCAACGGUGGUGGUAAUAAGCAAUGUUUCGAUUGUGGCCAGAAGGGUCCCACGUACGUCAACAUGACAAUUGGAUCUUUCGUUUGUACCAGGUGUUCAGGAGUUCUUCGCGGUCUCACCCCACCACAUCGAGUGAAAUCAAUUUCUAUGGCUACAUUCACACAAGACGAUGUCGAUUUUCUGAAAAGUCAUGGAAAUGAUGAGUGCGCUAAAACUUGGCUGGGUCUUUGGGAUCCCAAGCGAGCCGUGCAUCAAGAUCAGCGGGAAUUGAUGAUUGACAAAUAUGAGCGAAAACGUUACUAUUUGGAGCCAGCUAGUCCACUUAAAUCUUUGACGAAUGCCGUUUCACUUAAAAGCGGUUCGGUGACAGCACCGGCGGCAGGGGCAGGAGUGGAAGUGGCGACAACAUCAGGAGUAAGGGCGACAAUAGCUACAGGUAACUCCUCAGCUACAACAACAUCAAACGGCAGUAGCACUUACAAGAGUAACGGUGAUGGGCAAAUAGAUUUUGUGCAUGUGAGCAAUGGAUUUGGUAACAUUGGGCACAAUACUAAAAACCAAUACAAAAAUGGAGAGCGAAGCUUCCAUCUCACGCCGCCCAGUACACAGCGUACCACCAUGAAUGGUUUGCAUAAAUCCGUCACUACGACAACGGUGUCCGCACCAAAUAGCUCGGGCAAGUCAACGUCCGCCAUAAGUCGGCCUCAACAACAUCAACAAAACGGCUAUAGCCAUUUGCAAGAUGCGUUUAUGCCGAAAAACAAUAAUAUAAAUAACAAUGGCGGCAACAAAAAUAAUGAGCUCAAUGUCUUGCAUAUGACAUCCAGCCGAAUGUCGGACAGUAGCAGUUCGACAAGUGUGAACGGUUUCGGGGCGGACGCGGACUUUGUUGCCGAUUUUGGUUCGGCGAAUAUUUUCGAUGCCACAACGACAGCGGCCCGUAACAAAAUAAGUUCGCCUCCAAUAUUGAAUGGAGGUGGCAAUGCGAUAUCGAGUAACGGUUAUGCUAGAAUACAACCUUUGAAGAAGCAGCAACAACAAUACCAACUAUUAAAUGGUCAUGGUCAGACGAAUGGCAACAGCUCUCACAGCGAUACAAUCGACAAUGGCACAUCCGAGAAUUUUGCCGACUUCGAACAUGCGCCCAUUUUCAAUGCGGCUGCCAAUUAUAGUUUUAUAAGAAAAACUGUGAUAAAACGUUGCGCCGGUGGCCAGCAAAAAGACACCAAAGACAGUAAACAAAAUUCUGUGUCAAGUGCGGAAAGUUCGAAAGUUCCCACCGAUAUUGGAUCUAGACCACAGUCUGGUGCAGCAGCUGAGUAUGUUUUAGAUAAAAAUUUGUAUGCCGACAUCAGACAAGCCACAACACAUUCUGAUGCAGCGGAGAGUGACAACAAUGGCAAUCUUCAAUCGAACACAGCAGUUGAGCAAAAUGUCAGUGAUACGCCCAUUAAACCGGCUAAAAUUGUUAACAGUGUCGAAACGCCACCAACACAAGCGCUUGGUUCAACAAUGCAAAAUGCUGUCAGUGAACUGACAUCUCAACUGAUAAACUCACAGUCCUGUCCACCGGACCAAUGCCCGGUACAACAAGCUGAUUAUUGUGGUUAUUGUGCACCGAACAAUUGUGUGCCUCCAUCACCUAAUAUGUGUAAUCAACAAGCUCUCAGUCAACAGCCGAAUCAAGAUCAGAGCAAUUUCUGCGCUAACAAUAUGCCGCAAAUGGAUUGGUGUCAGUUUGCAAAUAACCCACCCUUUUGGCCCUCAAAUAACCCAAAUAUGCUAGGCAGUACAGCUACAGCACCAGAUGUUGCGGCCGCGCCAAAAUCCCUCAAUGCUGAGCCACAACAAUGCCCACCCAUAUUUUGCGCCCAACCACAGUUUUAUGGCCCGACAGGCUUCGCCACGUCCUGCUCUCCAGAUAACUGUACGUCUCCCAUGAAUCGGCAACCACCCCAAGUGGACGCAACUAUCGCUGGUCUCAGUUAUGCCGCAUUACCGCAACAAACCAUUAUCAAUACAGCUCAGAAUCGACCACAAAAUGGAUGUGAGACCAAUGCUGAAGCAUGUCUGGAACCAACACCAUCGUACAGUACGUUAUAUAAUCGAUCUUACUGUCAGCCAAAUUUGUCUGCAUAUUCAAAUCCAUUUAUACAACAAACACAAAUGCAACCGGCUCCAAUGCCAGUUCCACCUGAAUGUUUCAAUCCGUUUCAUCCAAAUUGCAUUUCAGGAAGUUGUACGAAGGGUUGUAUGCCAAGUAAUUCAAUACCAGUGGGGGAUCCAAUAAUAGAUCCAUCCUGCAAUUUGCACUCACCUUAUAGUAAUUGCUUCUGUAGCAAUUGGUGUCUACCGAUACCCAAUAACAAUAACAACUUUCGAACGAUGAACAAUCAGCAUAAUAAUAGCCACAACAGCAAUAACAAUAAUACACUAAGCUCAACACCCAGCGAGGAUAGGUAUGCGGCACUCAAAGAUCUGGACGAGCAAUUGCGAGAAAGCAAAGCAGCGGCCACAGUUGUGAAUGCCUACAGUGUGGACGCAUUUGGAAACAAUGGCAUUAGUAAUGGCGUUAAUCCCUUCAAGCAUCAGCAGGCAAAUCCGUUCCAGGCUGUCACUCACGGUACGUCGCCAACAGCAACACAAAACUAUUUUGGUCAAAUGACAGUGAUAUCGAACGGCAAUGGCAUACCGUCACAUGCACCAAGCGCCGCAGCACAGUUCUACAAUUAUACUAACGGCUUUGGUAAUGCAGCAACUUCAGCCGGCACAGCGACUGCUAUAUUUCCGCACACUGUAAUGGCGGCUGGGCCCAGCGGUUGUGGAUUCGGUCUAGGAGCACUACAGCCAACGGCGAUUGCGGCCACUGGCGCCGGCGGCGGCGCAGCGUUCAACAACCCAUUUACAGCAAGCGGCGCAAUGAGCACCAAUAAUCCCUUCUUAUGAGAUAUUUGCGGUAAUCGCUAUGAGUUGGAGCCAAAGCGUAAUUACUAAGCGCAUCCUUACUCAAUUUAUAUAUAAAUGCCUAUAUAUUUAAAUGGAAUUAUGUUGGCUUAGCGUGGGGUCCUGCAAACGCGAAUCACAUACUUGAUUUCCAGGAAGAAUAUUAGUUUAAUGCUGAGAUCAAAGUUGAUCAUGUUCUUUAAACCAAAUUAAUUGUUUCCAAAUAUAUGUAAAUUGAGACCGUGCGUAAGAAAUUUAUAUAUGUAUAUAUAACAGAUGUAUAUAUACAUAUAUAUACGAAAAGAAAUUAAUAACGAUACUUUUUAUGACAACCAACCAAAAAGAUCUAGAAAUGAUUUGCCUGAAUUGCUCUCGAUUUAACUUGCUCAGCAGGAGUUUAAGAAACUCCAACAAUAAAUUUUAAAUAGAGGAAAUAAUAAAAAUAUUAAAACAUAUAUAAAUACUACGUAAAAUAGUCCAUUUGAUGCGAAAUAAAAUAUUUAGUAGGCGAAAGCUCUUUUACAUUUACAUCUAAUAAUAUGUAUGCAUAAUCUGAUACUUAAUGUGCAUAACUUCGUCUACAUAUAUAAUUAGAAAACCGAAACAAACACUUAUACAUACCUAAUAAAGAGUUGAAAGUUUAGGUAUUUGAGCCCCUUUAGUUUUGUCGUACACGAGAAAAAAGUUCUGCUGGCCAAUGAAAUGAACAAAUUCAUAGAGUGUUACGUACCUACAACAAAAAUGCUCUAGUAACUGUAUAGAACAAAAUGAAACGGAAAUGCUUUAAGAUCAAACUAACUAAAAACUAAAUAUAUUUAGGUUUAACAGCGACCGAGUAAAAUGUAAAUUUCAAAUAUAAAAAGUAAAAUGUAAAUCAAAAAUGUUAAAUAGUAAAUAGAAACGUUGCAUAAAUAAAUGAAAUAUUUUGAUUAUUAUGAAAAAAAUAAUACUAGAUAGCCACAACAUGUAGAAGGUUUUGCAGAAAUCUCAUAUGAAGAAAGGCGGUUUCAUAAAUGUAAAAUAAAAGAGUUUAAACUUACAUACAACACAUACGACUAUAUAUUAUCGCUUUACGAAACAGUUAAUUUAAUAAAUAAGCUUUAAUCAGUUGUGGCAUUGUAUAGUUACCAAAAUGUUAAUAAUUUUUUUAAAGGGCUAAUAAAAUUUAUUUGCUGUUGCCUAGUGUAAAAUUAGAUUUAAAAAUUUGUAAAUGCUUCAAACGAUCAUUAAACUACCAUAAAAUUUCUUAAUUAAUAUUUAUUUUCAAGAAAAUUAGAUAUAAACUAUUGUAUGUGCGUGUGUAUGAUUAUUUACCAUAUUAGCUAAUACUCGAAACUCCAUUUUAUCCUUACCUUUUUUUGACAUCUAUGUAUAUUUUAAAAUAAUUAUAAACAAUUUGUUUUCUCUUUUGUAAAAUAAAUAAAUGUAUGUUAAUACGUACGCCCUUUUUAUAUUUUUUUUAUAUAUUAGCUUGUUUUUGAACAAUUCAAUAUUAUUACGAUACUUUAGCCUUUUUAUUUCUUAGCACUAAAUUCUAAUUUUACAUUCUUAACGAAAUAUACACACAUACAUUAUAUUCAACAUGUGAAAAUGUCAAUUGUUUUGGUUUUAUUUUAAAUUCAUGUAGUUAGUUAUCUCGUUGAAUGUUAUAACAAAUAAAACAGUGUAGUUUCUGAAAAAUAUUAAAAAUUUGAACCUGAAAAUCUAGCAGGUGUGUUCUGCAUUUCGAAUCGAUAUAAGUUUCUACUUCAGACAAUAUCAUUCGAUCAGAAAAGUAAAAAUGAUGCUAUCUCGAACCCUUUUAGUAACGCAAAAAGACAUUUUAGAAAUCAAAAUUCAAUUUAACAGUGUGGAAAUCAAAAAGAUCACUUCGAUGUAAACAAACUUAUCGAUCGGAGUUCAGUACAUGCCUGUAUAUCUUUCCGUCCAAGAACUUUUUUAUUACCUUCAAGAAGAAGUAAUAAAAAAUACAGAUUUAUUAUCUUUUCAAUAAUCCACUAAAGGACCUAUUCUGAUAAAUAUGUAUGUAUAUUGUUUUUUCGAUUGAUGAUUGUUCUGCUAAAUUUUUAGUAGCAAUAAACCCAAUAGAUACCCGCUAAAUGGAAAGCUCUUAGCUGUCUCUACACUACAGAGAAAUACUCACUGUAAGGCCAUAACUCUGCCAAAAAUACGACUCUGUAAUCUUUUCAGUUGAACAUCAACCGAGGUAAAGCAAUGUAAAAAGGCAAAUGCUAAUUAAUAAAAAUCCACAAAACAACAAAAAGAAAAGUUGGAGCUAUUUGCAACAUUUUCUGAGAAAUUGCAUUCAUUAUCAUUGAGGAAAAAUUAAUCUAAGUGUAUUAGUGUUACAAGUAAUCGAUCCUAUUCCCGUUGUCGUCGUCGUUUUAAUUAUCGCUUACAUGUUGUUAUCGUUCCGUUCCUUCUUCUUAUAUCGUAGAGUCCAGGAAGAGUUAGCGAAAUUAUAUAGUGGAAAUAAAGACACAAAAUAACGCAUUGUAUCUGAAGUUGUUAUUUGUUGUUUUGGAUUUAAGUAUAAUAAGACAAUAAUAAUAAUCACUCUUUCUGCGUAGCUCUUGCUUCAGAUUUGUUUUGUAGUAUAGUUUUCUUUUUAUUUGGAAUUUUAACGAAUUAUAUACAGUUAAAAGGUCGAAAAAAGCGAAUUUUCCAGAUUUUUUACUGAGAGAACUUUUAAAUUUCUUGAUCCAAAAAUUUGUUUACAUAUUAUAGUAUCUUUUUACUGUAUUUUAAGACAGAGUAUUAGUAAAAAUAUUUAUUUGGAAAGGACCUACUGUUGAUCUCCGGGAGCUCUCAUAAAAGACGUUUUGCGGUGACCACUAUAUCUCUGAACUGAAACCUCUGAAAUUAAAAAAAAAAAAAAAAUUUUUUUUGAAAAAUUUCGGGCCUAAAUUGUUUAUAAAAAAAUAUUAAUUACUAAAAAAUAUAUUUAAGAAGCUUGUAUUAAAAUUCGAGACUAAUCGGCUUAGCCAUUUUCGAGUACAGACUUUGAAAACACCAUUUUGAGAAAAAAACCCGUUUAAAGUUUGGAAUGCAUCCGAACGAUAUGAAUUGUUCUGCGUAUAUUCUUAAAUAUGUACAUUAUGAAAAUAAAAUAAAAAAUUAAAUUUUUUGAAAUUUCUAACUUUAUAUAACCCUUUAAGCCCUUCCAUGCCUCAAAUAUGUACAUAUAUACAUAUGUACAUGCUAAACACCUUUACUCUUACGGUUGAUAUGACGCCAUCGCGACAUGAAGGUGCAAAUUAAUUAAGUGUUUGGAUAAAAUCCUUCAAAAAAUAUUGAAUUCAAUGGUUUUACAUUCUUUCUUAAACUUUGGCAUGGGCAAAAUUUCUUUCCAUUUCUGUUACUAAAAUCAAACUGCUUCGUGUUAGAAUUUUUAUAUUCACUUCAAAUAGCCGCUCAUUUCUAUCUCGCUCUCAAAUACUACAACGACUAGAAACGACUGCUACUAUGUCGUUACUAUAUUCGUUUCAAAAUGGGGAAUACAAAUUUAUUUUCGAUAAAUGUCGAUAACGCCAGCAGGAAUGCCAAAUAGCAAUGGAAAUAAGAAUUCGUUUUAAAACGACAACGGAGAUAGGGUCGAAUAUAAAUUCCAUCUUAUGUUUAAUUAUUCUCCUUGUAUGGGUAUCUGCAAUUUAUCAUACUUUUAAACAUGUAAACAUUUAAAAAUGUCACAAAUGGGUCAUUCCAUCUAAAAUUUGCGUUCAUAUGUACGUUUUUCCUACAAGACAUUUUUUUGAUCUUUGAUAUUGGACACGUAUUUUUUUGUUUCGAUUCAAUAAUAAACAUUUUGGUUGAAAUUUCUAAAUUUCAUCUUACGAAAAAAAGCACCUUUAAACAAUGGCGUAAACGAAGAAAAGCAUUUUUUCUCAGCUUGAAUUUUCUCGACUGUUUUUUAUAAACAAAAGGUAAUUUUUAUAAAUCUUUUUUUUUACAUUUGCAGCUAUUUUUCUUUGGAACUGUAUAAAUUUGAGAAUAAUCCAUUAAAAACUACGUCCGCAAUAAAUUUGUAAUCUACAACAUCCGCGCUUCGAGCGUGCGAUUGUUCUUACUCCCCCGCUGCGCAGCAUGUUUGAUGCCGCAUGACGCUACUUUUUCGCGUCUCACGUUUGAAACUACCGCUAACUGUGCCAGCCUCAAACGCGAGAGACAUUAUUGCCAAAAUUACAAUUUUAUCAGAACCACUCCGAAAUUUAUAAAUUUAUAUAAUAUACAUAUGUACAUACAUACAUAUAUAUACGGUUACCCUAAAAGAGUACAUUACUAUCACUCAAUGUGCCAUGACUUUAAUUGGCGGUCGUGAUUAACAAAUUAUAAACUUAUUUCUAAUAACGGUCCCUAUAAACGGUUUUUAAAAAAAUCGUUUAAAAGUUCGAACGUCACUCGAAAUUUGAAGCAACACUCUUUCGUCCGACAACAAUUCCUUUCAAUCAGUUCAUAAA